UGCUGCCCUCAUCACUAGAUUGACAAUUUCAUACUUCAUCUUUGAGUCAUACGUUCUGACGUUCCAGAAAUUCAAUCACAUAAGAUUCAAAUCAGUCUUUUGUAUUUGACUGAUUAUAAUUAAAAAAUGAAUAGACUUUUUGGACGUGCUAAACCAAAGGAGCCAGCUCCAAGUAUUACUGAUUGUAUUGCUGGUGUGGAUAGUAGAGCAGAUUCAGCUGAAAAGAAAAUAGCACGACUAGAUGCUGAAUUAAAAAAAUACAAAGAUCAGAUGGUGAAAAUGAGAGAAGGUCCAGCGAAGAAUGCUGUCAAAGCCAAAGCGAUGCGUGUCCUUAAACAAAGAAAAAUGUAUGAAGCACAAGUAGAUAAUCUACGUCAACAAGCAUUCAAUAUGGAACAAGCAAAUUAUGCUACGCAAACAUUAAAAGACACUCAAGCAACAGUGGUCGCUAUGAAGGAUGGUGUUAAACAAAUGCAAAGAGAAUUCAAAAAUAUUAACAUAGAUGACAUCGAAGACAUACAAGAUAAUUUAGCUGAUAUGUUGGAACAAGCGGAUGAAGUACAAGAAGCAAUGGGUCGUAGUUAUGGAAUGCCAGAUAUUGACGAAGAUGAACUUGCCGCUGAAUUGGAUGCUCUUGGUGAUGAGAUUGCUCUAGAUGAAGAUACAUCUUACUUGGAUGAUGCAAUUAAAGCACCUAAUGCUCCUGAUAAGGAACCAGGUUCUAGUUCUGUUAGGAACAAGGACGGUGUGUUGGUGGAUGAGUUUGGAUUACCCCAAAUUCCAGCUAGUUAAUUCAUUGAUAUUUUAAGCUUAACGCAUAAAUAAGUGAUAAGAUAAUGUUGAUUAUGGUCUCCAAAAAGGCACAUAGCUUAUAUAAUAUAAUAUAAAUAUGCUUCUGCAAUAUCCCUAAAAGGGGGAGAAAAGAAAAAACUCUACGAACGAACAAUUAAUCAGAACACUCUUAACGUAAUAAAACGAUUCUUUAUGUUAUAUAGAAAAUAUGAUUUAUUAUAAUAAA